ACCUGCUUGUGCUCUGGCGGGGCGAGCCCGAGGCCAGGGGAGGUUGGCAGCCGCCAUGGCGCACCGCAAGGGCUCCCCCAGCCCCUACUACUUCUUCGUGCGCGACCAGCUGCCCGAGCUGCAGCGGCGCGGGCUGCCCGUCGUCCGCGUAGUCGACGCCUUUCCCUACUGCUCCCAGGCGUGGGCGCUGCUGACUAAGGAAGAAAAGAUGGUAUAUACAGAGAAGGCUCGUAAGUGGAAUGAAAAGAAAAGCCCUCAGAAGACAGCGAAAGAGACCCAUAAUCUGGCUCAUCCAGUUUCUGCUUGUCUGACCACAAAGAUGUCCAGUGUUACUUCUCUACCAGAUGCCUCUGCUAUGUCUUUGAAGAAUGAUCAGGCUGUGAUUGCAAACAUCUUCUACUUCCUGAACAUUUACAGCCAUGGCAAGCUGCCAUCCCACUGUGAACAGCGCUUCCUUCCUUGUGAGAUUGGGUGUGUCAAGUACUCCAUACAGGAUGGCAUAAUGGCUGAUUUCCAUCACUUCAUAGAUCCAGAAGUACCACCACGUGGUUUUCGGUACCACUGCCAGGCUGCUAGUGAUGCCACUCAUAAGAUCCCUGUAUCUGGAUUUCAUCUUUCACGUACUUGUUACGCGGUUGUCUUACGGGAACUUCUUGAGUUUGUCCAGCCAGCCAGCGGCGUUCGGCGUCACUUUUACUGCAGGUCUCAUGACAGAUUCCGAAUUAACUGGUGUCUCAGUCGAAUGGCUAGCAUAACAGGCAUUGAGAGCCAUCUGGAGCUUCUUGCUGUAGAAGACCUGGUAAUAGAACUGUACCAGAAGAAAUACCAAAAGGAGCCAUCCAAGACUUGGGUGUGUAGAGAACUGGAUGUCUUUCUGUGGGAUUUCUCCAGUAAUACCAGGUGCAAGUGGCAUGAAGAGAAUGAUAUACUCUGCUGUGCUUUGGCAUCCUGUAAGAAAAUUGCUUAUUGCAUCAGUAAAUCUUUAGCUGGUGUGUAUGGAGUCUCAUUGACAGCAGCACACCUGCCUCUUCAAGACUCUGAUUAUGGUGAAAGCACAAAUACCAAGAUGGUGAUACUGGAUGCUGGACGUUUUCAGAAAAUGAAGGCUGAGGGUUCCGGAUGUGACAGACAUUUCACUUCUCCAAGUCAGGAUCAAGAGUUUGUCCCUUCUAAUUGUGAUUCUCCAUGUGGUGUGAACACUUCCCUUUAUGGAACAACCACCGUGCGAGGAAGAGGAAUUACUCGAUUGCUGAAAAGUGCAUCUGAUCUAUCCAAAUCUUUCAGUAGCUGAAAAUCAUUUUUACAUCCAGGACGUCUGUGCAUUCUGAUUUUCCUUGUUUCCCUAAGAUAACCAGCAGUUUCUCCAAACUGCAGUUUUUCAUCUUAUGUGCAACCCUUGACAGUUCAAGUUCUUGUUAGAAUGAUAAAACUAUUGACUGGAUUUAAAGAAGAAAAAAAUCUUCCUUGUUAUCUACAGGAAGACUUAUGUUGAAGGGACCUGGCAGUGGCAUCCUCUCUUUAAAAAUACAUGCCAUGCUAGUUCUGUUUCUUAAUGGUGGAGUGCAAAUUCAAGAUCGAUUAGUCAAUAUCAUUGGAUUAGAAGAAUUCUUUAGUGGCCAAUGUGACUUUAAACAAGUGCUUUAUUUCUUCCUUAACAACCUCCUUCCCCUUUUCUGUCUGUGAAAGAUAGAAUUUCAGUGUGUAACAGUCUCUCCCCAAAAGAUGAUGGGGGGGAGCAUUGAAGGUAUGAAAGGCUGCACUAGGGGAAUUAAAGGUAUAAGAGUCUCGAAGGUUUGCUAUAAUCUGUCAGUUUUAGCCGUGAAGAAUUAGAGUGGUCAUUCAAGGCAAAAAAGCAGACUUUUUAUAAAAUGUCUUAGAUUGAUAAAUUUGCCACCACAUUUCUUCUAUUAAUGUUGUUUUAGAGGCACAGGCUAUAUGCAUCGGGAGCAAGUACAACAUAGAUAUUUUUUUUCCUUUGCAUCAGUUUUCUCUCUAAAAAAAGCAUGUCCCUCAAACUUGCAGACUGAAAAGGAGUGUAGGUCUUAUGUUUUUUUUUUUUUGAAAGGAAUAUCAAAUUCAAACUGAUAUAUUAAUCUGCAGAUAUAACUUCACAAGUGUAGUCAGUCUGGGUAGAUACCAGGCGUAAUUAUUUGAGGGCACAUAAAAACUGGGAGACAGUACAACGUAUUACUAAGAAGUUAGAUGUUCCAUUUUAUGGAGGUACAAGUCUUGGAAGAGUCCCCAAAAAGUUUUCUGUUAUCUGACCCUCAUCUUUAGUCCGUGUGUCUUUAAGCAACUGAUUCUCAGAAAUAAGAGCUCAUUUUUUGUGUUGUUUAUACAUUUUGUUCCAAUAGAGGUCCAGUUGUGAAAUACUAUUUCCGUAGCAACUAACUGUGAGAAGAUACUUAUUUCAUUCCUUGUAGGAACUGAAAUUCAAAAUUAGUAGUUCAUUCUUUUGGAUAAUGGUGGGGGAGGGGAAAAAGCCAACCAACCAAACCCCAAAGCUCAACCAAAAUAAGGGGUCAACACAUUUAUGAAUAAACUCAAGCAUGCUGAUCAGUAGGUCAAAAAAGGCCAAUUGCUGGUUUAGUUGGAAGCCUGUUACAGUUGCCAUACAGCCAGUUGAGGCCCUUCUUCCAGUAUUGCAGGGUCACUGAACCAUUUUGAUGCCUCUUACCUAACAGUUUGCUUAUAUUACUGAAUUUUCUUGAGUUAUUCUGUGUUUCCUUCCUUUGAGACUGUUAUACCUGCUAAAUUUCGCCAGAUAAGGGACAAUAAACCUGUAAGACUGAGAUUUAUCAAUGAAGCAUCUGGGAACAUUGUAACAGAGUAAGAGUGCAUUGAGUAGAGUUGAGUUUUUUCUUAACUGACAGCCAUUGCUGCAUUGACAUUUCAAAACAUACGGAACUGUAAUCUCUGAAUUAUUUUCAGAGGUUAAUGUUGCAAUAAAAGUUUCAUGUUUCAGUUCUUAAGAAGAAGAGAAAUGCAGAGUUAGGGUUCCAUGGCAUGCCUAUAUCUUAUCACUUGUACCUUAAAAUAGUACAUAAGCUGUAGAAGACCUAGUUACGUGCUGUAGGCAGUGGGUUGUUAACUAGGGCAGUAACUGUUUUAUUGUAAUAAGCAACAACCUGUGGUGGUUUUUGUAGUGAAAACUGUAAGAUCUAUGUAAUGAGAAUGAGUACACUAACUUGAUGUUGCCCAUUUAGUACUAUUAUUCUGCAUAUACUGAGGGGAAUCCCUAACAGCUAUUGAUGGAUGAUAGAAAAUUCUUUCAUUGUGAAGUUCUGCUUCCCUGGCUGUUUUGCAAUUUGAAACUCUGUUUGAUUUCUUGAAAAAUAAAUUCUGCUUAAUAAGCACA